CAGGAUUGGUCAGCGGUUUGACCCACAGGAAGGCUGACCUCAGGUCUGCCCACUCUCUGCCGGUCUAUAAAACCUACAGCGCACCGUCAGCCUCCACUUUCUGGGAAAACUGCAUCAGUUUGCAUCUGUACACUGUCUGAAGGUCGCCUGAAGGACAACAAUGACUGACCUGGAGACGUCAAUAGCAACCAUUAUUUCAGUUUUCCAGAAGUAUUCAGAGAGAGAAGGAGACAAGCACAAACUCAAGAAGAGUGAGCUGAAGGACCUUCUUCAUGACGAGCUGCCUGAUCUGAUGGCGCACGUUAAGGACCAGUCCGCACUGGACAACCUGAUGGAGGGUCUGGAUGCGGACGGCGACUCUGAGUGUAACUUCCAAGAGUUCAUGACAUUCAUCUCCGUGGUUACCGUCUGUUGCCAUGAGUUCUUCGAGCAUGAGGAAGAGUGAGGGGAGGAAGACAAAGGGGAGCUAGAGUGAAAUAUAAAGGGAUAGAAACCUAGCAACGCACAAACUGUUGGCUCCCUGAGACCCGUCAGAAGGAGGAAACGCAUCUAGUCAGCUUCCAACACCUCAGUGAUGAUGAUGAUGAAUAAACAAAUGUAGCAAUGAAUAAAAGGAAAUAGCUAAAAUGUUAUAUCGAUAACGACAUCCAGACGUAUGAUUGCAGAUCUUUGCUCUAAUGUCACCAAAUUAUAAAGUAAAAGAAUCUUCAAACUUC